UAAGUGUUUGAUUCCAUCCAGCUGUGUUGGACUGGGAAUAGGACCAUUGACAUGGUGGUGGAUGCUACCUUCAGCUUGUUUGCUUUUCUCCUGCUUUGUCCUCUUCCCUUCACAGCAAUGGAGAACCAGACAGCGGUGAGCGAGUUCGUCCUCCUGGGCCUGACCCAUCUCCUGGCACUACAGCACCCUCUCUUUAUUCUCUUCCUCCUGCUCUACGUGACCAGCCUGCUGGGUAAUGGGGCCAUCAUAGCUGUGAUGCUGGCUGAGCCCCGGCUUCGCACCCCCAUGUAUUUCUUCCUGGGCAACCUCUCCUGCCUGGACAUCUUCUACUGCACGGUCACCGUGCCCAAGAUGCUGGUCGGCUUCCUCUCGAGGCGCCAAACCAUCUCCUUUGCUGGCUGCCUGGCCCAGCUCCACUUCUUCCACUUUCUGGGCAGCAGUGAGGCCAUGCUGCUGGCUGUCAUGGCCUACGACCGCUAUGUUGCCAUUUGCAACCCGCUGCGCUACAGGCUGGUCAUGAGCCCACAGACCUGCCUGCUCCUGGCAGCGGCCACCUGGUCCAAUGGCUUCCUGCAUGCCCUGAUGCACACAGUCAUGACAUCACAGGUGAAUUUCUGUGGCCCCAAUGAAAUCCAACACUUCUUCUGUGACAUCAAGCCCCUGCUGAGCCUCGCCUGUAGCAACACCCACCUCAAUUUGACCCUACUCAACAUCGUUACUGGGGGCAUUGGUCUGGGUUCCUUUGCCCUCACACUUCUCUCCUACCUCUACAUCAUCUCCUUCCUUCUCCUGAAGGUCCGCUCCCAGGAAAGCAGGAGAAGGGCCUUCUCCACCUGCAUCUCCCACCUCAUGGUAGUGGCAUUGCUCUAUGUGCCGGUCAUCUUCAAUUACAUGCUCUCCUCUGCGGGAAGCUCCUCUGAUAGGGAGAUGGUCGCCACCUUCAUGUACAGCGUUGUCACCCCAGCCCUGAACCCUCUGAUCUACACCCUGAGGAACCAGGAAGUGAAAUCUGCUCUGAGGAAAGCGCUAAGGAGAAACUGCUUCCUUGGAAAAGAAUAA